AUGUCCUCCAGCGUUCAGUCGGGUGUCAUUACCCUCUUACACACGGCAUGCGGAGCAGGAAUCCUUGCAAUGCCAUAUGCCUUUAAGCCUUUUGGAUUGAUUAUUGGGCUAUUAAUGAUUGCAUUUUGUGGGUUAUGCUCGUUUACAGGUCUAUAUUUACAGGCAUACGUGUCUAAAUACGUGCCAGGAAGGCAUGCUUCGUUUUUCUCUUUAUGUCAGUUGACCUAUCCGCAAUUGAGCGUGGUUUUCGAUGCUGCGAUUGCAGUCAAAUGUUUUGGUGUUGGUGUGUCGUAUCUUGUUGUUGUUGGCGACCUUUUACCUCAAAUAAUGUCAACAUUCAGCCACAAUGAAUGGUUGCUCUCGCGUCAGUUUCAUAUCACAGCUAUUACCUUGGUUGUCGUAACCCCGCUAUGUUUUAUCAAGAAAUUGGAUUCCCUUAGGUACACGUCGUCAAUCGCCAUUUCCGCGGUUGGAUAUCUCUGCUUGCUUGUCGUGUUCCACUUCCUGGUGCCAAGCAGCGAGAUUGACGAGUUGAAGGGCCAUGUAAGCAUAUGGAAACCGUCAGAUGUCGACUCUUCCGUAUUGAGCAGUUUCCCAAUAUUCGUGUUCGCGUACACAUGCCACCACAACAUGUUUUCCAUCAUCAACGAACAGUCCAACAACUCUCUUGCCAGUCUCACUAAGUUGAUCAGAACUGCAAUUGGGUUGGCCAUGUGCCUAUACUUCAUGAUAGGCGCACUUGGAUACUGUACCUUUGGUGACAAUAUCUCGGGGAACAUUAUCACGUUAUACCCCAUGUCUGUGUCAAGCACCAUCGGCAGGAUUGCCAUCGUGUUGCUAGUGAUCCUAGCCUUCCCAUUGCAAUGUCAUCCUGCCAGAGCGUCCAUAAACCAUAUUCUACACUUUUUCACCAACUCUAAAGAGCACCAGCACCAGCACCAGCUCUCAGCUAACGAACAAAAUAGACUAUUGAGCAACCUAGAAGAAAAUGCGCCAUUGUCCGGCUCCGCGAGCUCAUUCAUAGAUGACAUUGACGAUCUGGUAGAGGAGGACAGCCCACGCCAGCCACCGAUAGUGACGCUAGAGGGCAAAAAAUUCAUUUGCAUCACCACAGGUAUCCUCGUAUGCUCAUACGCGCUCGCAAUGACCGUCACCUCGCUAGCCAAGGUCCUCUCCAUAGUAGGUGCCACGGGCUCGACCUCCAUCUCGUUUAUCUUACCGGGCAUCUUCGGUUACAAACUAAUUGCGUCAGAAUACCAGAACCAGGAGGGCUCCACAAAGCCGCCAACCGGCGAACGUGUCUUGCGAAUCGUGUCCCUGCUCCUCUCGAUAUGGGGCGUCAUCGUCAUGGUCACCUCGCUCUCAGCAACCUUGCUCUUCCACGCUGUAGGGUCUCACUAA